UCUCGGUCUCGCGUUGUACUGUGUGAAUAAUGCCAUGGCUGUGUUUUUCAAGUUUCAAGGCUAUAGAGCCCUAACAGGUGUAUGAGUACUCGUAAAAACGUACGUAAUGGCUUUCUAACUUGUCUGUAUUUGCUGAAUUUCUGCAUGAUCCCCACGUUAGCUCUUAUUUCUUGCCACACUCCUUCGGCAACCUUGACAAAACUGUCAUGUCCGCCUCUAUUUGUGCCAUGUGAAUUUCAAUACCCAAGGCAUGAAUCUUCUCAAUCCUGCCCACAAUGCACCGCUUCGACGUGCUUUCCUCCUUUGCUUGCGAUCGAUCGGGGUCCCUCGUCCUUGCUACUUCAGUCAAAACAUAGAGUCGAGGGAGCCACCCAUUCCUUUGCCGAAGGAUCACAAUGGGGAGCCUGUGCAUCAGAAAAGGGCCAGACUGCUGUACCAAAGUCGAAAGAGAGGGAUGCUAGAGAAUGGGCUUCUCCUCAGCACCUUUGCUUCAAAGUACUUGAAUUCUAUGACUGAAGAUGAACUGAUGGAGUAUGACAUGAUGAUCAAUUUCCCUUCAAAUGACUGGGAUUUAUACUACUGGGCUGCAGGAGUGAGACCAGUUCCACCAGAAUUCAAUACCUCAAUCAUGAAAAAGUUUCAAGAACAUGUGAAGAAUGAGAAUCGAGAAGAACGCCUCGCUCAGCCUGACCUGUACUGAUGUCAUCUGUAUGUGAUGUGAUAGCCAUGUAGCUAUGGAGUUCAUCUCCAAUAGUUAUCUUUCCUGCUUCAAUGUGAGACAACAUCUACAAGUGCUGCAGAGAUCUUGAAUUAAAUCAAGCAUCAUUGCAAGUGUGUACCAUUUUGGUAUGAAAGAAAUGGAUUGGCAUUAUAGAGAAAGCAUUGAAAUGAUGGAAUAGAUAUUUCUAGUUUUGAAUCCCAAUCCCAAUGAGGUCAUACCUCUGGAGAAAAUGUUUAAACAUUUUCUCUCUGAAAAAGGGGAACACAAGAAGGCUUUCAGGAUCACUGAUUGAAGCCAGUGGCUUCCCAAUAUUUCAUUUUAAUGGGACUCUCUUCUUGGUGCUAUAGAAUUAUGAAAUUACAUGAUUGUUGAUUUGUGACC